AUGACACACCCCACGAUUUCUGACAACGAGCAAUCUUCGACCAAAUUCCUCCGACACAUCCUCUUUACAAUCGACUCCUCAUUGAAAUUUAUCGAUUCGCAGACGCCGGAACAGAGAAUACUUUCUGGUAUGAUGGUUCUAUACAAUGGUGUCAAUGUAUACUGGUAUGGUUGGAGGAAGCACAAUGUUGAGAAUGAACCAGUGGAAGUGCGAGGGUUAGGGAAGACUCUGAUAAAAGUGGAGGAUCAAGAGAUGGAGAUGAUGAUGGAAGCUUUGGUGCCAGGGAGGUACAGCAUGGGGAUGAAUGCAAACUUGUUGGUCUGA